AUUAAGUAGAUUCAGUUUUGCUUAAAAUGACGACCAUAUUUGAUGUUGUUUCGUCACUAUGAUUACAUAAUAUUGCGUUUGUUGACCGCCAAAAUGAAGGUGAUUAAACCCAAGGUUAGUUAGUAUUGCAAACAACUAGCAGUCGUUAAGUUGAGCUCAGAAUGCGUUAAAAUUAACCAGAAAGGUAGAGUUCAAAAUUUCUGGAGGCUUGAGAGAAUUAUCUUGCAACGAUGUUGUUGAGUGAGUUCAGAGUUACUCGUGAGCAGUUAGACGGAUUGAAGAAAUACAAGUAUUCAUCAUCGACCAGUUCUCUAAUUGAUAACAAUUUCCUGCUGCCGGGAUUUUGGAAUUUGAUCCAGAAAAGGCUCCCGAGAAAUUUAUCCCCUAAUUUGAUCACACUUGCUGGUUUCCUAGUGAAUGCACUUGGCUUUGCCCCUCUCGUGCUCUACUCCUUCGAUCUCUCCGACCCUCGACCUCUCUCCCUCCUCCUGCUAGCUGUAUCAUGUGGAUUCUUCUACAACACCUGCGACAACCUAGACGGUAUGCAUGCGCGUGCGCUUGGAGUGGGUAGUGUGGUUGGGGAGUUGUUCGACCAUGGACUGGAUAGUAUGGCCAAUGUGUUCCAGUUGUUUCCUGUCGUCAUGGCCCUGGAGAUGAUCAAACUGGAUUUCUACUUCAUUCUGGCAUUAUUUCUGCUCACGGACUCCUAUAGUUUGCUCUUCUUCUCCCGCAAACUGGCAGUUGGCACUAUCCAGUUCCAAAUGGUGGAUACUACUGAGAUCCAGUACACCUCAUUCCUAGGAGUGGCUAUCACUUUAUUGCUGGGUUACAACUUCUGGGACAUCAAUCUUCCUAUUCCAGCGGCGGCUAUGUACGGACAGGACAGAAUAGCGGAUGUGUUGGUGAGGAAUGGGGCGGAGUGCAACUACUGCAGCAACUCAGACCAACACACAGCCCUCCACUGGGCCAGCUACAGGGGCCACCCCAGUGUGGUGGAGAUACUACUCGCAUCAAAUGCAGAUGUGGAUCAGCAAGACAAAGAUGGCAACACAGCCCUGAUGUUUGCCAGUUCCAAAGGGUUCCAGCACAUUGUUCGUAUUCUUCUCGAGUACAAGGCAGACACGAGGAUCAGAAACAAACUGAAUGAAACUGCAAUUCACGUCGCAUGUCUCGGUUGUGACAGUGCAGUUAUUGUGAAAUUCCUGGUCAAGUUCGGAUCGUAUGUGAAUCAGCCGGGGAGACACGGGUGGACGCCAUUGCACUACUGCGCCGAGUACGAGCGGGUGCAGUCGUGUCGGGUACUGCUCGAGGCAAGAGCCGAUCCCACUCUGGUGGACAGCAUAAAGGACACCCCAUUAGACAUAGUAGAAGACAAAGAAACAUGCGGGGAGGAGAUCCGAUCUCUACUGAGUGAAGCCACUCACUCAUGGAAUGCCAGAGCAGAAGAGGAGUCUAAAUCCAACACACCCACACCCCGAAAGGUCACCCCGGCUGCGAAUUCCCCGGCCGCCCCUUCCCCGACGGCUACUGUAGCACCAGAAAUUGAAACUGGGUCAAUUGAAGAGGAUGAAAAAGAAGGCAUCUUACAUGAGUCACAGAAUGAUCACAACGAUGACGAUGAUGGCGAUGAUGAUGAGCAUGAGUCGACUUUAGACAAACCAACAAUCUAAACUUAUCGAGAACUGGUUAUCCGAUAAAUAUUUUUUGACGAAGAGUUGAAUAAAGCAAUUAAGUUGAAAAUACAAUUUCGAUGGAUAGAUGCAUAUCACUUAUAUGUAGA